AUGUCGGCUGCUGGACAAAACCAAGCUGCGUCCAAAGCAGUAAAUACCUCCAACACGUCAACCCCAUCCUCAAGCUUCCAUUCACUCAUCUCAGCCGAGCAUAGCGCUCAACGCCGCUCAGGAGGGUCAGCUGCACUGGGAACCAAUUCAUCUUCGAAAGCUCUGGGCACUGCAAGAAAUAACCAAGCCCGAAAGGGUCAGCACAAGCGGCAAAGAAAGCCCCGAUUGCUGGAUGAUGACGAGUUCAGCGAAGCAGCCGUCAUGAGAUCAGCAAAUAGCCGCAAGGGACAGACGUCCAUUACCCAUUUGAUGAACUUUUCAUUGCCACCUCGUCCGCAAUACCAGCCUCCGCCGCGUAAUGCUCGACGCUAUCAAUCAUGGGGGGCAGGAUCAGGGUACCAUGCGGUCGAUAAAGCCCGCUAUGUUCAUGCAAACUAUAGGUUUAUUGUGUCACCAGAGCAGAAUUAUCAUGCUCAAGCUGCCAACGCCGACGUUCACUUAGACUGGGCUUCCGUGCUCCAAGUCCUUGUUUCGGCUCAGACUCAGGCCGCUAGCUGCCCGAUCUGCUUAUCGACACCGGUUGCACCGCGAAUGGCUCGUUGUGGUCAUAUAUUCUGUCUGCCCUGUUUGAUACGUUAUAUGCAUGCAUCCGACGACGAGAAGACCCACCAUGUCCCCGAAAAGAAACCGCGGUGGAAGAAAUGUCCCAUAUGCUGGGAUUCGAUUUAUGCAUCUGAGACUCGACCAGUCCGGUGGUUCCGUGGUCAAGAAGGAGACCUUCCUGUCGAGGGUGGCGAUGUGGUUCUGCGACUAGUCAAGCGAGAGCCUGGUAGUACUCUUGCGCUUCCCCGCGAUGGUGCCGAGACUCCGAUUGCCGGGGAUGAUGUUCCGUGGUUCCACGUGGCAGAGGUUGCCGACUACUCUAGAAUCAUGAAAGGUGGACAGGAUUAUAUGCUUUCUCAAUAUGACGCCGAGAUUGAAGAUCUUCGCCAACAGGAGAUUGAAGAUGAAUUGAUGUUCGGGGACGAGAACACGUGGACGCGCAAGGCCAUCAGCGCCAUCAACGAAGCAAAAGAAAAAGUCCGUGGGAUCGGAAAUCCUCCUGACAUUUCCCGGCAACUUCCCGUAAGGAGUGAACGCGAGGCCCUUGAAUCCGUGGCGUCCGAAAGUGUGGAUGCUUCUGGCGACGCUCUCCAAGGGGAGAGCACUCAUAUUACCCAAACGACUGGUUCAUUGGAAGUGCCGACAACGAGUGACGGAGUGACACCCGUCUCAGACGGUCCGACAGAUUUGUCUGAUGCAUUGAGCAAUGUCCACAUCUCCAAGUUGCGCUCCAAUUCACAAUACAAAGCCAAGGGAAAGGACUCGCAGGGCUCACACCGAUCUGACCAGCCAUACUAUUUCUACCAGGCUCUUCCCCAAUUUUACCUCUCGCCCCUCGAUAUCCGCAUCCUCAAGGCAGCUUUCGGCGACUACGCUUUAUUUCCCGCGACCAUUCUGCCUCGUGUCGAACACAUUUCUACGGGACACAUCGUUGAUGAUGAGCUCCGCAAGCGUGUGAAAUACCUAGGCCAUCUGCCUCAAGGAUGUGAAGUUAACUUUUUGGAAUGUGACUGGAGAGAUGUGGUUGUGCCGGAAGUUUUGAGCCAAUUUCGCACCGAGACUGAAAAGCGGCGCAAGCGGAAUCGGGACAAAGAGGCCCGUGAAGAGAAAGAUCGUAUCCGCGCGGAAAAGAAGGAGGAGGAGGAAAGAUGGGCUGCCGCGCGUCGGAAGCGUCCCAGCUUCGGUAGCGCCAUUGAGGCUCCGUUUUCCACCCAGGACUUUCAGCCUCUCACGAACAACAGUGAAAUCCCUCAAUUCGACGUUGAUUCAUCAUCGACCUCGCCUCCGCGCGGUGCAACCCAGUUUGGUGCACUUGCAUCUCCCUCUUCUAGUCCCCCCGGGGUACGUACUGUCUGGGGCACCACAGCCGUUGCCCCGACAUCGCCGCAUGAGCAAAUUCAGCGUGCAGUGCCUCAUGAUGGGUGGCUACAGGGCUGGGAAGACGAGCUCUUCGCUCGGCAGGAAUCUGAGAUCAUGGCUCAAAGUGCUCAGGAGAGUCACUUGCCCGGACCUUCGGCUUCACAAAGCGGAUCCGGGGGUGGUGCGGGCAGCAAGAAGAAAAAGAAGAACAAGAUUACGUUGAUGUCGACCAACAGUCAUCGAGGAGCCUAA